AUGUUGCAGAGGGGAAAAUUGCAGCUGCUGUGGCUUUCGAUGCACACUGCGCUCGUUCUGGUUAGCUGCUUCACCGACAUGGAAACGGGGCCUGGCGCAGGCCUAUCAACUCAGCCGAAUGGGGACAAAUUCAAAAUUGAGGGGCGAGCGAUAGUUCCAGGUGUGAAAACGCAAGACUGGGUAUCUACGGCAAGAGUCUUGGUCGAAGGCGAGGAAUACGUCGGUUUUCUGAGAACUGAUGGGAGUUUUGCUGUGAAUGACAUCCCUUCAGGAUCUUAUGUUUUGGAAGUUGUUACUCCUACGUAUAGAUUUGAACCAGUCCGUGUUGAUAUAACUUCAAAGGGGAAAAUGAGAGCGCGUCUUGUAAACUACAUAAAGACUUCAGAGGUGAUUCGUCAACCUUACCCACUUCAGAUCAGAGCUUCUGGUCCUCAUAGCUACUUUAUGAAGAGAGAAACCUGGGGCUGGACAGAUUUCCUCAUGAACCCAAUGGUUAUGAUGAUGGUAUUACCCCUGCUCAUAAUUGUUCUGCUGCCUAAAGUUGUGAACACAAAUGACCCAGAAAUGAGAAAGGAAAUGGAGCAGUCCAUGAACAUGCUGAACCCUAACCCUGAGCUUCCAGAUGUGUCUGAGCUCAUGACCAAACUCUUCUCUGGUUCCAAGGGCUCCAGCAAGGCAGGCAGCAGCAGCAAGGGCAGCAGGCCAGUAGCCAAAAGGAGGUAGUACUGUACAUGACUGCUGGAACUGACUUACCACAUUAAAACAAGAUUUUUCAAGUGUCAUUUGAAUUUUUUCCCCCCACUGUAUCCGUGUCCACUGUACAGAUAUAUCUAUGAAUCAAUGGUCUGAGAUCACCAUGGUUUCUGACAUACUGUCUGAAACAGAGCUCUACCUUUUUGUUUCAAGGUGCACUGAAGAAUAUUUCUGCAAAAGCUUUUAUUCCUACUCUACUCUUCAUAUACUUCCUUUGUGCAACAGCUAUCUGUCAGUUCUUCCUGUGUAUUUUUCCCACUGCUGCUAAAUUCCUCUAUCUAAAAAAAAAAAAAAAGAGGCUAUAUACAUAUUUAGAGUUUUUCAGUUCUCUAACAGUUUUGGUAAUCCGACUGUGAAUGAAGAUAGAUUGACAUUUUAAAAUGGUUGAAUCUUAUUUAAAAAUCUAGAUAAAUUAAAAUGCUAUAUAAAUGUUUUUUUUUUAUUUGAGAAAAAUCAGAUUUAUUUGGGAGUAAACACAUGACCUCAUUAUAUGAAUAGUAAAGGUGUACUGUAUGCUUUCAACUCUCGAACUGUACUUUAUGUGCCUGAGAUGUAAAAAAUUUGUGAAAGUGGUUGACAGUUUAACGAUGAAAGGAGCUCUGUGGGGUGCCGCUGGUUUUCAUUUUUAAAAAGGUGGGGAGCAAAGUCAAUAUUAAAUUCCUUAACACAC